AUGAAUUGCUUCCAGUGGCUCUUCAGCAGCGGGACGACUGAGAUCAUUCGGCCAAGCAAGUCAAAUGAUGGCAAGCGACUGUUGGUGCCAAAGGGAGAACAGAUGUUUGGCUUGAUGCCCUUGUGCUUCGCCACCUAUCCAGCGAUUGCCUUGCGUGUGCCAAAGUGCGACGAGAAGCGCUUGAAGCAGUCCUUGUCCAAAGCACUCGAUUUGGUGCCAAGCGCAGCUGGACGCUAUGGAGAGAAUGGGGACAUUUUGGAGCUCAACGACGCAGGUGUGCCAUUUACCGUGGUCCAAUCGCAGGAAGCCUCUGCACCCGAGAAGAUCGAGGAGCCAAAGCUCCUGAACUUUGCCACCUUCCACAGGCCAUGGAGUGUGCGGAACGGCUACAGUCCUUUGAUCUCAAUCAAAUUGACCAGCUACAAAGAUGGAAGUGGUGUCCUGGCCUUCUCUCGCUCACACAUGUUGUUCGAUGGCUCCUCGGCUUGGAUCUUCUUGGGCAUUUGGGCUAGCUUCGCAAAGAGCGACACCGUCAAAGAGCCCUCAUGGCGGAAGGAGGAGGUGGUCAAACUGCUUCCUGAUGAUAAGGAAUUCCAAGAAAUGGCACAGAAAAUGUUUGGCAUCAACCCAAAACCCACGAUCUUGACCAAACUCAUGAAGAACUUUCUGAUCCCAGUGGUCGGUGCUGUCAUGGACACGUUCUUCCUCUACGCUGGCUACUCCUUGACCAGAUAUCGGUUCUUCUUCUCAGAUGAAGAGUUGGCCCUGCUGAAAGACGAGGCAACGCCCAAGGAGGUGGCAGCAGGUCAAGACAACUGGGUGACCACACAAGAAGCUCUUUGUGCUUUCAUGCUGUUGGCUCUUGGGCGCAACUGCUUGCCAAAGACCUGCUCGGGAAGUGUUGCGAUGAUUUUUCUGCUGGAUGUCAGGAAAGCCCUGAAGCUGUCUCCAAAUCAGCUCAUGGGAAAUGGCCUCACCUUCUGCAGCCUCUCGAUCGAGUCGCAGAAAUUGUUGGCCAUGGAUCUCCCUGGCUUAGCAAGCCACUUACAUCAAAUGCUCUCCACAGGUGAGGGCCCUGGCUCCCUCGAGUCACAGCGAGACUUGUGGCGAGUCACCAACGGUGCCUGCGAGAGAGAGGUUCAGAACAAUAUUCUUCAAAAGAUUCAUCGGCCAGAUAACUGUGACUUGAAAUUUGCCGUGAACAACUCCUCGAAGAGAAUCUUGCCAGACUAUGGCAUCGGCCGCUGCGAUUCUGUGGUGACCAAUGCCGGGCCAACCGUCUUCCUGCCACCUGGAUCCACCACGAUCCACCUAGCCUUCGACCGUGCGGAACGGGCAGAGGAUGAUUUGAAGCAGGCUUCAGGGUCGCCCUUGGCUUGUUUGAUGACUGACGAGUGGGAUGGUCCUUGCGACACUGCGACUCACUGUCCUAGGCAGAUGCAAACCACCGAGAGCACCAUGUACACAGAUCCACAGGCGCUCACCGUGGAGCCCAUGAAUUCGGGCCCUCUCGCCUCAAGUUCCGUCGACGUGCGAGAGCUGAAGGCUGCCAUCCAGAAGGCGCUGGGCAUUCCCAGCCACCAGCAGCGCCUCCUCCGCGGCUCUGAGGAGUUCAACGAGUGGGAUGGCCUUGGAGAAGACUUCGAGGUGUCUCUACUGCGGCAGGCCGCCCUGACGGACAGCGAGAGAUCCUAUUGGGCCGAGCAGUUGCAGAAGGAUGGAAUGGAGCUGCUCUAUGCCCCCGAAGAGGUCCAGGCAGAUCGAGAGCUGGUGAUGCUGGCAGUCCAACAGGCUGGCGAAGCCUUGGCCAUUGCCGCCGACGACCUGCACCACGACCGCCCGGUGGUCCUCCAUGCAGUGAAGCAAAACGGCUUAUCCUUGACCUAUGCCUCAGCAGCGCUGAAAAAUGAUAAGGACUUGGUCUUGACCGCCGUGCGGCAGAACGGCUUGGCGCUGCGCCACGCGGACGGACGCCUGCGGCGGGAUCCUCAGGUGGCCAUGGCUGCUGUGCAGCAGAACGGCUAUGUCAUUUCGGAUUCUUCCUUCGACGCAAGCUUAAGAGAUGACCCAGACAUCGCCCUAGCAGCAGUCUCUUACGAUGGCUGUGCCCUGAAGCAUGUGUCUGCGCAGUUACGAAAGGAUCGGCAAAUCGUUUUGGCUGCUGUGCGAUCCAAUGGCAACGCCAUUAUGUGGGCAGAUCCAGUCUUUAGAUCUGAUCGAGAGGUGAUGCUGCAGGCGGUGCGCUACCAUGGCACCUUACUGCGGUGUGCUUCGGAGGACCUUCGUCACGACCGCGAGGUGGUCUACCAGGCAGUCCUGGGCCAUGGUUAUGCCUUAUCCUAUGCCUCGACGCCUUUGCGGGCGGAUCCCUUGUUGCUACGCCUGUCAUCUCGCCCACACUGUCAUAUUCCAAUUCGCCUGGAAGACGAGAAGAUUGUUUACAUCGAGGAUGGGGACGAUCGCUGA